AUGAGGUGCAGGGAGUCACUCUGGGUCACCCUGCUGGUUGGGCUCCUUGGAUCUGUGGCCCCUGCUGCUUUGGAUUCUACUGGGGUGAUACAAAGUGGAGGACAAGCUCAUCAAGAUGUCAGGCCCUUCUCGCUGUUAUCAGACGGUGGCCCCCGUCCACGUUUCAGGAGAAGGUUGGCGCAGUCAGGACGCCUUCGCACAGAGGAGCGGGAGUGUCGCCUGAAGACUCUGUUGCUGCGAGUCGGAGACCUGGGACUUGGAUACGACUCUGAAGAGACCGUCCUGUUUAAAUACUGCGGGGGAGGAUGCUCCAGAUCCCGUACAAACCAUGACCUGACGCUGUCACGGCUGCUGCAGAAGAGCGACCUCCCUUCCCUUCUGGAGGAGAAGAUAUUCGGAGGACCCUGCUGCCGUCCCACGCACUAUGAAGACGUUGCCUUUCUGGAUGACAGUCACCGGUGGCACACAGUGGAAAAGCUGUCCGCCGCAGCAUGUGGCUGUGUAGGGUGA